CCUGAGCACCAAAAUCGUUUCCUUCCACUACAUUCCAGGUGAUCCUUGCUCUUCUCAAUCAGGCGAUCCCUUAAGAUUGCUAUGAUUCUUAUGGUAACAAUUUCAUCUAUUGUAGAAAUUGGUGUUGGGCUUGUUGGCUUUGGGAUGUUCUUCCUCCUGUUUGGUGUAUUGUUGUACAUGGAUUCAGUACUUCUGGCCUUUGGAAAUAUCUUGUUCCUGUGUGGCUUGGCUGUUAUAAUUGGAUUAAGAAGAACUUUUGGAUUCUUCUUCCAAAAGGAGAAGCUUAAGGGAACCAGUUUCUUUCUAGGAGGCAUAAUCAUUGUUCUGCUUCGGUGGCCUCUACUAGGCAUGCUGCUGGAGACUUAUGGUUUCAUUAAUCUCUUCAGGAGCUUUUUCCCAAUUGCUUUUGGAUUUCUGGGCUCACUGGUGAAUAUCUCAGUUUUGAACAAGCUGUUUCAGAAAUUUGGAGAUGCCAGCUCUGCAGUGUAACUUGAAUAAAUGACUUGUUAUCAGAGACAAGUUCCCUUCCUACAAGCACAAACAUUUUUUAUGAAUAGUCUGCUACCUCAAUAGUCCAUGUUAUUUAAUGCUGAUUUAAAUACUAUAUAUGAUCACUGUCAGAAAUCUACAAAGUAAUUGAUAGAAUCAUUCCUUGUAAGAGGUGUGAUUAUAAUGGAGUUUCCACCUUCUGGUGCUGGUUUAUACAUACUUGAUUGUGAAAAUGCUGUGUCAUUUAAACAUACAAAAACACACCCCAAUGAUCUUCAAUACCCUGAAGUAUCACACAUUGUAUCACAAGGAUUGACAGCAAUACAUCCAACACUUAGGAUGUGUCAACUCGGUUGCAGAAAUAUAUCUGAAUGGGAUCAUCAAUAUUCAAGCAAGGACUCCACAAAUUUAACUAUAAAAUUAAAAAGAAAAUAACUAAUACUUGCUUUUAUCUAAACUACAGAGAGAAGGAGAAUGGGAAACAGGGAGGUCCAUUUGUCUCUUAAAAUAUAAAGAUCCCCUUUAUUAAUAAUAGGCCAGGUGAAAAACCAGCACAGAGGCAGAAUAUGAAGAAUCUUUCCUUAGCCACUCACUUCUCUCUUGCUCUCUCUUCUCUUACUCCUAUAAUAUCAUUUCCAUUAGCAAUAAAAAUAGGCUGAUAGAUGCAAUGAGUAGCCUCUGACAAUACUGUCUCCAGACCAAUAAUUUAUAUUAUCUUCAGCACUUUAAAAUCUCUAUCCAAAAGAGACAAUAGAAUGAAAGUAGGGAAGGACUUGGACAGAUAAAAUUAGAAAUAGUACCCUUAGCAGAAAAUUUGUAAAAGUGGAGUAUAAUAGAAUGACGUUUAAAUAUGUCCAUUUCCCUGACAUAUUUUUGCUAUUCUUUUUUCUGUAGGAACAUUCAAUGGGAUAUAGUGGGUACAAAGAUUAUUUGGGGUUUCCUGUUUCAAAUCUUAUGACAAAAAUUAUGCAGGAGACAGUUUUUGUAUAAUGUAUAUUUUGCAAUACAUUCUAUGUAUCAAAACAAUAUUUGAUCUCCAGUGCAACUAUGUGAUCUUUGAUAUGAACUGAGUGGAACUGAAGAAGCUUCUGGUCUGGGAUGAGAAACUAAACAUUUUCAACAAAAGAACCAAGAAAGUCCAGUUGCCUUUUGAAAAGUAACUUUGGGACAAUCAUGA